AUGGAUGCGAUGAGGUUAUUCAGAGAAAAAAGUUCGUUUCGUUCUAUCGGUAGAAAACAUGUCAUUAAUAACUUCCAACUCGAGUCUAGAAAUCAUUUUAAUAGCUAUAAGCCGUUAUUAUUUAAUCUCACUUUUUACAAUUGGAUUAUUGUUAAAUUUCCUGAAAAUUCUGAAAUUGCAAAUUUUGCAUUUGAUGAUAUUUUGGAAACUAGAAUAAGCCUUGACCUCUGCCAGAAUACAAAAGAAGUUUCUUUCAGCGAAUUUAUUGGUGCAAAAUUCACUGAAAUAUGCAACAUUUUUAAAGUUUACUGCAAUUUCAAGAAUUUCUUUGUAGUAUCACACCUUGAACUUCUUAAAAAAGCUUCUCACGAAGACAUUCUUGGCCCCUUAUUUGAAUUCUAUUUACUCGACAUAUUUGAUCUUCCUACCACUUUUAAAAUGCCAAUGCAAAUUACGGAUGAUGCCAACAUCUAUGUUAAAUCGAAGAGAAAGAAGAAAAAACGGACAAUGAUAAAAAAUCAAAAGUUAGAAUGGCUUAUUGCUAUUGAAAAUCUUCAUGAGGAAAUUGUAAAGAAGGGUAAUUCUAUUACCGAAACGAUGUCAGCUAAAUUUAGAAAUUAUGUCGAAGAUCUGUAUUUUAUACUUGAAACCGAAGGAUUAUUCGAAGAAUUUCAAACAGAAAUGGAAAUGAAAAAUUUCUCAAAUACUGUUAAGAAAAUAAAGUUAUUCAAUUAA